AUGGCACUCAUCUUCUUUCGUUUAAUCUUCAUCCAUCUUAUGUUUUUACAGCACGUCUCUGCAAAUUUUUACAGUGACUUUGACAUCACGUGGGGGAGUGACCAUGCUAAGAUACUUGACAAUGGCCAGCAAUUGCAGCUUACACUCGACCAGUCCUCAGGUUCAGGAAUCGAGUCCAAGAUUGAAUAUCUGUUUGCCAACAUUGAUAUGCAGAUCGAGUUGAUGCCCGGUAAUUCUGCAGGCACUGUUACUGCUUACUAUCUGUCGUCUCAAGGGGAUAAGCACGACGAAAUAGACUUUGAGUUUCUGGGAAACCUGUGUGGAGAACCCUAUAUUAUGCACACUAAUCUGUUCUCUCAAGGCCAAGGAAAUCGGGAGCAGCAAUUCUACCUCUGGUUUGAUCCCACUGCAGACUUCCACAAUUACUCUCUGCUCUGGAAUCCCCAACAAAUUCUAUUUUCUGUGGAUGGAACUCCGGUGAGAGUAUUUAAGAACAAUGAGGAUUUGGGCGUGCAAUAUCCAAAGAAUCAAGCGAUGCGAAUAUAUUCGAGCCUGUGGAACGGAGACAAUUGGGCAACCAGAGGUGGGCUUGUGAAGAUCGACUGGAGUAAAGCUCCAUUCGUUGCCUCUUACAGAAAUUUUAUUGGACAGAUGUGCAGUUCUUCCUCUGAUUGCUCUUUGAAUUCAUGGUAUAGUGAAGGAGCAUUGGAUUCGGGGGAGCAGCAGAAGCUUGAAUGGGUGCGCAAAAAUUACAUGAUUUAUGAUUACUGUUUGGAUGCUAAACGUUUUCCACAGGGCUUUCCAGCUGAGUGCAUACGUUAG